CGAAACCGCCCUUCCACAAUUUACUCACGCGGUGGGGAGCCAGGUACAGGCUUAUCCUAUAAAAGUCAUCCACAGAUUUCAAUAUUCGUCAUUUCUCAGCACAUCCAUUGAGGUAAAAAUGCAGCUCUUGAGCCUCGCAGUAUUGCUCUGCAGUGUCCUGGUGGUGGCGUACGCCCAGGCAGAGCCCCUGGACCUCGAGGCCGAGCCCUCCACGGAGGUUCUCACCAGGACUAAACGUGGAUUACUCCUCAAGAAGGCCGUCCUCCUCGGAGGGGGUGCUCUCCUCGCUAAGAAAGCUCUCCUCGCUAAGAAAGCUCUCCUCGUUGGUGGGGCUGGAUUAGUUGGGGCGGGAGUAGGAGUUGCCCUUUACAAAGCCAAAGCCGGGUAUGGAGGAUAUGGUGGAUACGGUGGAGGCUAUCGCGGAGGGUACGGAGGCUACGGAGGGCACGGAGGGUACGGAGGGUACGGUGGAGGCUACCCCGGAGGAUACAGUGGAUACCAGGGAGGAUACGGCGGUGGACACCACGGGGCCUACAGCAGCUACCACAGCGGUUACGGUUCUGGCUACGGAUACAAUCGUCCCACCUAUUACUCAUCCGGAUGGAACAAUGGGUGGUGACGAGAGCUAGGAACCAAAGUAGAUUUAAGUCAAUAGUCGGGGCCUUCAAUCCCCGGCUCCCGAGAUUCCUCGGCUGGACUGCAGAGCGCUAGCGGUUAUUUGAAUUAUCGAGUGGAAUGAAUGUCAAGCACCUGAUGUAAUAAAUUAACAUGUUUGAUUUAC